AUGAGUGACCCUGUCGAGGACGGAAAUGCAAUGAGCGGACCAACUCUGCAAGAAUGCUCCAAUGAGAGCACCACGAUCACUCUGAAGGCCCUUUGCUCUACACUUCCACCUCCCGGCUUGUUUGUGUUCAAGGACCAGCCCCUUUCAGAAACCGUUGGCCAGUUCAAGACCCGACUGGCGGAGGCCCUCCCAAACCGCGUGGAACCUGCGGAUCUAAGGCUGGUCUUUUCUGGCAAAAUUCUGAAUAAAGACAACGUCGCUCUUGCGGAGGCCCUGAGUUCCCUUCCGGGUGACACAAAGACAGUCCACCUGGUUAUGCCGUUGGUCACAACUUCGAAGCUCAUUUCGAGUCCUCAGAAUGUCUCCGCGCCGUUGAACUCGAGCCAUGCUUCAACCGGUGUAGCGCCUGUGGGCCAGACAACCCAUAGAACUCGAUCUAGUAGGCAGGUUCCCGUUCAGAGGCAUUUUGAAAAUUCGUGGAGAGUUCCGGAUCAACAAGACCACUCUCGUCGACCCUUUAGCGUUGCGCUAUCCGAAGCAAUGAACUGGAACUCCCUUGUUCGGCAGGUUGCGGAGAUGGAAGAUCGAGCCAAUCACUCUUCCAUUCCCCCCACGGAAAUUUUGGAUGAAACUCGCCGGCGAAUUCGAUCAAUGCUACAUGAGAGACGAGCGCAAUCUCAUGGCAGGCCCUUUCGCGACACAUCUGAUCCCUUUGGUCCCCUCCCUACAGUGGAACAGGCGCAGGCCCUGAUGGACCGUGUUCAUGUUCUCCAAGGACGUGUACAACAAAUGAGAAUCCAAAAUCAGUCUGCCAGUGACCCAUCUGAGGCUGCGAGACCCAAUGGCUCAAAUGCGGCCCCUCAAAUUUAUCUGAUAACCUCACCUGGUGGCCAACAGAGUCUCAUUCUCCCCCGGGGUAUCACCAUCAACACAUCUCAAAAUGGUGUGUUGCCUGAGCCGCGCAUCGGCGAUACUCACCCCGGAGUAGCUGAAUUGAACCAGGCCAUUCGGCAAGGGCUCAUUGAGCACCAGAAUCGCCAGAAUCAAAACCGUCAGCAGGAGCAGCAGCCAGAGCGCAGACCGGGCGCUUUUCUACGCCAGAUCUGGCUGUUCAUUCGCCUCUAUUUCUUCAUUCACAUGCUCAGUGAUUCUGGGACGUGGACCCGGAUUUUCCUCGUCACUUUGGCUCUUAUGGCUGCCUUCGUGGCGCCUCCUGGUUUCCCACUGCGUCUGCGCCAGGCUAUCAUCGAUCCGCUUAUGCAUCAUUUCCACGCCAUUGCCCAGAACUUCGGGGCUGGUGAUCAAGCCGCACAGGUCCACCAAGAUGGUGGAGGUGCUCCUGUUCACCAAGGCUUACCUGGACAGAUUAUGCAAGUUUUUCGUCGCGUGGAGAGAUUCCUGAUGCUUUUCCUCUUCAGCCUGGUGCCUGGUCUCGGUGAAGGGCAAGUCGAGAUUCGCACUCGGGCCGAUCGAGCUCGACAGGAAGAGCAGGAACGAGAGAACCAGCAGGAGAACGAGCAGGGUUAUGAGCAAGACAAUCAGCAAGACAAUCAGCAAGAAAAUGAACAAGAUAUUCGACAGGGCGCUCAGCAGGAGACUCAUCAGGAGACGCAGCACUGA